GAGGAAGGGCUCGGGGGUCCUGAUGUUGGUUGCUAGCGUUGAUUUUUUUUUUUUUUGGUUUGGUUUGGUCUGGUUUGGUUUGGUGUGGUUUGGUGUGGUUUGGUGUGGUUUGGUGUGGUCUGGUGUGGUCUGGUUUGGUGUGGUCUGGUUUGGUCUGGGUUCUACAACGCACACAGGAAUAACACAAUGGCGCCACAGCUGGGGAAACGAAAGCGCGUCACGCGCGAGGAGCUCGAGAGGCCGUCGCCGUCGCCGUCUGAGCGGUCCGGCGACGAGGCGGACAUGCAAGAGCUGUUCCGGCGCGCGUUUGAGAAAAAGUUCAAGCCGCUGGCCGUGGAGCCCAUCACACCCAAGACGGCAGAAGCGCCUGUGGUCGAAGACGACGAGGACGAAGACGACGAGGACGAAGACAAAGCGUCAGACUGGUCCGGCCUCAGCGACGACGAAGCGCCCAAAGUCGAGGUAAUCGAAUACAAAGACACGACCCUCGGCUCGGACGACGAAGAAGCCUCCAAAGCCCUCAAGCGCGCCUUCAUGUCCUCGAAGCCGCCCACUGCAGGCAGCACACCCGCCACCAACAAGCCGACGCCCAAGAAAAAGGACAAAGACGCCGCCGACACCACCGACACGGCGAACCUCCAAAACGACCUCGCCCUCCAGAAGCUCCUGCGCGACUCCCACAUCCUCUCGGCGUCGUCGUCCGGCGCCUCAACGCCCUCCCUGAUCACCGCCGGCGCCGCCCGCCACAAGUCCACGGACCUGCAUCUGCGCUCGCUCGGCGCCAAGAGCAGCGUCUUCACGCAGAAGAAGAUGCCCAUGGCGCAGCGCAAGCACAUGGUCGAGAAGGCGCGGCUGACGGAGCAGAAGCGACGGCACGAGGCGCGCGAGGGCGGCAUCAUCCUCGAGAAGGAGGUCAGGGAGAAGAGCAAGGGUAAGGAGAGGAAGAGGGAGCGGGAUGUGGCUGGGCCGAGCAUUGGGCGGUUCAGCGGCGGUACGCUGACGCUGAGCAAGAAGGAUGUCAGGAGUAUUACUGGUGGGCCUGGGAGCGGGGGUGGAACGGGGAACAAGGGGAAGGGGAAGCCUAGGAGGUGAUGAGCGGCUGUGAAGUGCGUGACUACCACAUUGACAAAGAAAGCCGUGAUGCUUUCGAAAGGAAGCCGGGACACAUCAGUAGAGAACCACUCUGUCUUGUCAUUGAUAGGAUUGUCUCGAAAUCGAGAUCAGUGUACCUGCCGAGCUGCAUCAGAAGACGCAUCAUGAGCAGCUGUUUGUCCCCGCCUCGCAGGACCAGCCAGAUCGGUACCAUCUGCGGCGAAGGGGUCUCUUCGGAAUCGUAGCAAGAGGACGGAAAGGUGCAACACGACCACAUGUUGAGUCGUCGAAACUGCUUCCACGGGAAAGAGAGAUGGUCGUCCAAGUCCCAUGUUGCAGCUCACAGCAUCGGUCCUCCGGUGCGUGGGUUUGAGGCAGCUCGAGUGAUCAAGGGCAUACAUAGGGCAGAGAGAGAAUCCACCUCACCCACAGCAAAGCUCUCCACGUAGCUAGACCUUGAAUCAACUGUCUCUUUUAUUCUGCA